AUCAUCAAAUUUAUCAAUCAUCCAAAACUCACUUUUAUCUUUCAAAACAUGGAAAACUCCUAUUCUCUCUCUCACAAACCACCAACAAUACUCCUUCUUCUCUCAACCAACCUCAUGGUUAUGAUGAUCAACAUCCCAAUGAUCACCUCAACCAGACCUGUCGGAGAACAUGACACGAACACCCAGUUCGUCAAAACCUCAUGCGGGGCCACCUCGUACCCGGACCUCUGCUUCACAACACUCUCAUGCCACGCCUCCCAAAUCAAACGCAGCCCUAAGCUUCUGGCCACCGCGGCUCUCUCCGAGACUCUCAAGACGGUGCGUUCCGCUUCCACGGCGAUGUCGAAGCUGUCGAAAGCCAAAACCCGGCAUGGCUUGACGCCGAGAGACGCCGAGGCGCUGAGCGACUGCGUUGAGGAGCUGAGAGACUCGGUGGAGGAGCUGCAGAGGUCUAUAGAGGAAAUGGGUGUUGGGUUCCGGAAGAAGGAGAAUAAUGGGACGUCCGAGUUUGGGCUCCGAAUGAGUGAUAUUGAGACGUGGGUUAGUGCGGCUUUGACGGACGAGGACACUUGUGUUGAUGGGUUUUCGGAGAAAUUCAUGAAUGGAAGUAGUGGUAGUGCGAUCAAGAGCAAUGUGAGGGGACACAUUAUGAAUGUUGCUCAUAUGACUAGGAAUGCCUUGGCUCUUGUUAACCACUAUGCUCUUCUUCAUUCUUGAAUAUAUAAUAUAUAAUUAAUAUGUAUAUGGUGCAUAUUAUGUUCAUAUAUGCUUUUUUAUAAUAAAAAGUCCAGGAAUGGGGUGAUGAAGUUUGCAUACUCUUUCGGGCUGUAUAAAAGAGCUCUCCAGACAUUGAUAGGUAAUAAUGUUCAUUAAAAGCUCUGCGGUGAGGCUCUACCCUUAACAAGGAGUAUGUUAUCUCAGUCGCAUCGAAUAUCGAAUGUGCUUAUCAGUAAGGAUAUGUAGGGGAUUUUGUUUUUGUUUGUUUGUUUGUGUUUUUCUAACUUUGUUUGUAAGUUAAUUAAAAUGGUUUGUCUUGUCACGGGGCUAGAAAAUUGGCAAUCCUUUUGCCAGUAGGUAGCCCCGGUUAUUAUUGAUGUAGUAGUACGUAGCUUGUAUUUAGCGGGAUUGUACUGGUGAUAGUGGUUAAAGUGUUACUUUAAUCACCUAAUUAUAUGUUUGUACCUAUUCUCAAAAUGUAACAAUGGCCUUGAUAUGUAGUGAAG